AUGAGGCCCAGAGCAGAGUGCUAUUCUUCAAAAUUCUGGCUUAUGCUGGCAGUCUUAGCAACAACAGGCAGUAUGGCUUGGGCUCAAAAGAACCAUCCCAGCAUUGGCAUUGCUGUCGUCUUGGUGGGUACCUCUGAUGAAGUAGCUAUUACAGAUGCCCACAAGAAGGAUGAUUUCCAUCACCUCUCUCUCAUACCUCGGGUGGAACUCGUUGCCAUGAAUGAAACAGAUCCCAAGAGCAUCAUCACCCGCAUCUGCGAUAUCAUGUCUGAACGGAGGGUGCAAGGUGUGGUGUUUGCUGAUGAUACUGACCAGGAAGCUAUUGCCCAGAUCCUGGACUUCAUUUCUGCCCAGACCCUAACACCCAUUCUAGGAAUCCAUGGAGGCUCUUCUAUGAUCAUGGCAGACAAGGAUGAAUCAUCCAUGUUCUUCCAGUUUGGCCCAUCGAUAGAACAACAAGCUUCUGUUAUGCUGAACAUCAUGGAAGAAUAUGACUGGUACAUUUUCUCCAUUGUCACUACCUACUUUCCUGGCUACCAAGAUUUUGUCAACAAGGUCCGUAGCACUAUUGAGAACAGCUUUGUUGGCUGGGAGCUAGAAGAGGUACUCUUGCUGGACAUGUCUCUGGAUGAUGGAGAUUCAAAGAUCCAGAAUCAACUCAAGAAACUCCAGAGUCCUGUCAUCUUACUGUACUGUACUAAGGAAGAGGCCACUUAUAUCUUUGAGGUGGCUAAUUCUGUUGGUCUGACUGGGUAUGAUUACACAUGGAUUGUGCCCAGUUUGGUGGCUGGAGAUACAGACACAGUUCCGUCUGAAUUUCCCACUGGACUCAUCUCUGUGUCAUAUGAUGAGUGGGACUAUGGUCUUCGUGACAGAGUGAAAGAUGGAAUAGCCAUAAUAACCACGGCCGCCUCUGAUAUGCUAUUUGAACAUAGCUUUAUUCCUGAGCCCAAGAGUAGCUGCUACAAUACACAAGACAAGAGGAUCUACCAAUCUAACAUGUUAAAUAGAUACCUGAUUAAUGUCACUUUUGAAGGAAGGAAUUUAUCAUUCAGUGAAGAUGGCUAUCAGAUGCAUCCUAAGCUGGUUAUCAUACUUCUGACCAAGACGAGAACAUGGGAUAGAGUGGGAUGGUGGAAGGACAAACGCCUCAAGAUGAAGUAUUACGUGUGGCCACGUUCUGAGCUAUAUCCAAACUGUGAGGAACGUGAGGAUGACCAUCUUAGCAUAGUGACCCUUGAAGAAGCACCUUUUGUUAUUGUGGAAAAUGUGGACCCAUUAAGUGGCACCUGCAUGAGGAACACGGUUCCAUGUCAAAAACGAAUUGUAUCAGAAAAUAAAACAGAUGAAGAGACUGCCUAUAUCAAGAAAUGUUGCAAAGGGUUUUGUAUUGAUAUUCUUAAAAAAAUUUCCAAGUUUGUGAAAUUCACCUAUGAUCUUUAUUUGGUAACCAAUGGUAAACAUGGAAAGAAGGUCAAUGGAACAUGGAAUGGAAUGAUUGGUGAGGUGGUUGCCAAACGUGCCUAUAUGGCUGUGGGAUCCCUCACCAUAAAUGCAGAGCGUUCAGAAGUGGUUGAUUUUUCUGUUCCCUUCAUUGAGACAGGAAUCAGUGUAAUGGUGUCACGAAGCAAUGGGACUGUCUCACCUUCUGCCUUUUUAGAGCCAUUCAGUGCUGAUGUGUGGGUGAUGAUGUUUGUAAUGCUGCUUAUAAUCUCUGCGGUGGCUGUCUUUGUCUUUGAGUACUUCAGCCCUGUGGGAUACAAUCGGUGUCUGGCUGAUGGCAGAGAGCCUGGUGGUCCAUCUUUCACUAUUGGUAAAGCUAUCUGGCUACUGUGGGGCCUUGUAUUCAACAACUCUGUGCCAGUGCAGAAUCCCAAAGGGACUACCAGCAAGAUCAUGGUAUCAGUAUGGGCCUUCUUUGCUGUCAUCUUUUUGGCCAGUUACACUGCCAAUUUGGCUGCCUUUAUGAUCCAAGAAGAAUAUGUUGACCAGGUGUCUGGACUGAGCGACAGAAAGUUCCAAAAUCCAAAUGCUUUCUCACCACCUUUCCGCUUUGGAACAGUUCCCAAUGGCAGUACGGAGAGGAAUAUUCGCAACAAUUACGAACUGAUGCAUGCCUAUAUGGUGAAAUUCAACCAAAGAUCAGUGCAAGAUGCUUUAUCAUCACUGAAAACAGGGAAACUGGAUGCUUUUAUUUAUGAUGCUGCUGUGCUAAACUAUAUGGCUGGCAGAGAUGAAGGCUGCAAGCUAGUGACAAUUGGCAGUGGAAAGGUCUUUGCUUCUACUGGCUACGGCAUUGCCAUCCAGAAGAACUCUGGCUGGAAGCGGCAAGUGGAUCUUGCAAUUUUACAGCUUUUUGGCGAUGGGGAGAUGGAGGAACUAGAAGCUCUCUGGCUCACUGGGAUUUGCCACAAUGAGAAGAAUGAGGUAAUGAGUAGUCAGCUGGAUAUUGACAACAUGGCAGGAGUCUUCUAUAUGUUGGGAGCAGCCAUGGCCCUCAGCCUCAUCACCUUCAUCUGUGAACAUCUCUUUUAUUGGCAAUUUCGCCAUUGCUUCAUGGGGGUCUGUUCUGGCAAGCCUGGUGUUGUCUUCUCCAUUAGCAGGGGUAUUUACAGCUGCAUCCAUGGAGUGGCUAUUGAAGAUCAUCAUUCUUCUAUGAAUUCUCCUACUGCCACCAUGAACAAUACCCAUUCUAAUAUUUUGCGUCUGCUCCGAACAGCAAAGAACAUGGCUAACCUUUCAGGUGUCAAUGGAUCACCACAAAGUGCCCUGGAUUUCAUCCGCCGUGAAUCAUCAGUUUAUGAUAUCUCUGAACAUCGCCGUAGCUUCACCCACUCUGAUUGCAAGUCUUAUAAUAACCCCCCUUGUGAGGAGAAUCUUUUCAGUGAUUAUAUUAGUGAGGUAGAAAGGACUUUCGGCAAUCUACAAUUGAAAGAAAGUAAUGUUUAUCAAGACCAUUAUCAUCAUCAUCAUCGCCCCCAUAGCAUUGGUAGUGCCAGUUCUAUUGAUGGACUAUAUGACUGUGAUAAUCCACCCUUCUCUUCCCAGUCUCGAUCCAUCAGUAAAAAGCCACUAGAUAUUGGUUUACCACCAGCCAAGCACGGCCAGUUAGGUGACCUUUAUGGCAAGCUGUCAUUCAAGGGUGAUCGAUAUAGUGGAGGAGGGGCACAUGAUGAUUUAAUCCGUUCAGAUGUUUCAGACAUAUCCACUCAUACGGUAACAUAUGGCAACAUCGAAGGCAAUGCAGCAAAGCGGAGAAAACAGCAAUAUAAAGAUAGUUUAAAGAAACGUCCAGCCUCAGCUAAAUCACGGAGAGAAUUUGAUGAGAUUGAACUGGCCUAUCGACGGCGUCCCCAUUCUCCUGACCACAAGCGCUACUUUAGAGACAAGGAAGGGCUAAGGGAUUUCUAUUUGGACCAAUUCCGGGCUAAGGAAAACUCACCGCAUUGGGAACAUGUAGAUCUGACAGAUAUCUAUAAAGAACGGGGAGAUGACUUUAAGCGGGACACUCUAGGGGGAACAGGGACGUGUUCAAAUAGGACCCAUCACAAACAUGGGUCAGGGGAGUUUGGAGUAAACAAUGAGCACAAGCACAGUGUUGUGAGUGGGGUACCAGUGCCAUGGGAAAAAAACCUUGCCAAUCUUGAUUGGGAGGAACGGCCAGGGUCUAAUUAUUGCCGCAGUUGCCCAUCUAAGCUGCAUAACUACACCCCAGCUGUGGUGGGGCAGAACUCCACCCGUCAGCCAUGCAUCCGGUGUGAAGCUUGCAAGAAGGCAGGCAACCUCUAUGAUAUCAGUGAGGACAACUCCCUUCAAGAGCUGGAUCAGCCAUCUGCUCCUGUGCCAGUGGCAACCAGCACCUCCACCACCAAGUACCCUCAGAGCCCUUCCAACUCUGCCUCCAAGGUGCAGAAAAAGAAUCGCAACAAGCUCCGCCGGCAGCACUCCUAUGACACAUUUGUGGAUCUGCAGAAGGAAGAAGCAGCCUUGGCCCCACGCAGUGUGAGCUUAAAGGACAAAGGCCGCUUUUUGGAGGGAAGCCCUUAUGCUCAUAUGUUUGAAAUGCCAGCAAGCGAGUCCACUUUUGCCAACAACAAGUCCUCACUGCCUGCCACCAGCCACCACCACCACAACAAUCCUGGCAUUAGUGGUGGUUAUAUGCUAAGCAAGUCUCUCUACCCCGAUCGGGUCACUCAAAACCCUUUCAUCCCCACUUUUGGGGAUGACCAGUGCUUGCUCCAUGGCAGCAAAUCCUAUUUCUUCAGGCAGCCUGUGGUGGCAGGAGGGCCCAAGGCCAGGCCAGACUUCCGAGCCAUUGUCACCACCAACAAGCCAGUGGUCUCAGCUCUUCAUGGAGCUGUGCCAGCCCGUUUCCAGAAGGACAUCUGUAUAGGGAACCAGUCCAACCCCUGUGUGCCUAACAACAAAAACCCCAGGGCUUUCAAUGGCUCUAGCAAUGGGCAUGUUUAUGAGAAACUUUCUAGUAUUGAAUCUGAUGUCUGA